AGCAGAGCCCAGGGCAGAGGCACGGAGGGCUCCGUGCAGGGCCCGCAGGCAGGGCGCAGUCCCUAACCGUCCAGGGCCGCCUGGCAGCACGCGCCGCAGCUCUGCUCCUGGAUCGCCAUGAGCCACCUCUUUGGUCCCAGGCUGCCGGCUCUGGCCACCUCGCCCAUGCUUUAUCUGUACGGCCCGGAGAGGCCCGGGCUGCCUCUGGCCUUCGCCCCCGCCGCUGCUCUGGCUGCCCCGGGUCGGGCCGAGCCGCCCCAGAAGCCGCCCUACAGCUACAUCGCGCUCAUCGCCAUGGCGAUCCAGGACGCGCCCGAGCAGAGAGUCACGCUGAGCGGCAUCUACCAGUUCAUCAUGGACCGCUUCCCCUUCUACCACGACAACCGGCAGGGCUGGCAGAACUCCAUCCGCCACAACCUGUCGCUUAACAAGUGUUUUGUCAAGGUGCCGCGCGAGAAAGGGCGGCCAGGCAAGGGCAGCUACUGGACGCUGGACCCUCGCUGCCUGGAUAUGUUCGAGAACGGCAACUACCGGCGCCGCAAGAGGAAGCCCAAGCCCGGAGCUGGGGCUCCGGAGUCCAAGCGGGCCGGCGCGGAGCUGCAGGAACGCGGCGCCAAGGUGCAGCCGCCGGCCGGGAGCGGAGAGGGACGCGCGGGCGCCGGGACCCCGGGCCACCACGCGGCCGCCGCGCGCCGCCCGGAUCUCGGGGAAAGCGGCUCUCUGCACGCGCGCCUGCACUGGCCGGGACACGAGGCCUCGGAGGAGGACCCCGGCGACGCAGCGCAGGGCGCAGCGGCAGCGCGCACGGUGGAUAGCCCGAGGACGCCCCCGCGCCCCGCCGCCCGCAGCUCGCCUGGGAGCGACAGGUCCAAGAGCUUCAGCAUCGACAGCAUCCUGGCGGGAGGGCAGGGCCACAAGCUGGCUGGAGGGAGCGAGAUCCCGGGUGCCGCCAAGCCGGGGCCCAGAGGGGUGGGCUCCUGCACCCUGGCCACCUCCCCGGAACUGCGGCCGCCUUUCAACGCCUCCCUCAUGCUCGACCCGCACGUCCAGGGCGGUUUCUACCAGCUGGGGAUCCCCUUCCUCACCUACUUCCCUCUGCAGCUCCCCGACCCGGCGGCGCUCCCCUUCCAGUAAGCCAGCAGCGCGCACUCUUUCCCUGCCCACGUCCUUAGAGCCUCUUCAGAGUCACCGCCUGGCUCCCGCGGGUGAGGGGAGGGCGUAUGUUCUUCUGCAAAUGUUCUUCUCUGGGUUCACGUGUGGGUUCCGGGCAGCGCGCUGUGGCAAGUGGGUCCGCUCGGGGUCCAGCGGGCAGUGGCUUGGGGUUUGCAAAGACCCCUCCCGCGGGCAUGGGCAGAACGCCCUGCCUUCGAGGAGCAUGAUGGUGC